AUGGAAGAGAGAAUCGGGUGUCAAGAGAAAGCAGAAAGAAGAGAUCUUGAAGCUGUAUAUCAAAAAGAUAUCGUCACCAACAUGGAUAUGGGAAUCGAAAUUGAUGCCUCUGAUAGGAUCUCUCAAUUGCCUGAUCACAUUCUGCACCACAUCCUAUCUUAUCUUCCGACCAGGUAUGGGUGUCGAGCGAGUUUUUUGUCUAAGACAUGGUACCGGGUUUGGAAAUCUUUCUCUAUUUCUGAUUUUCACGAAUCCAUGUUCGGGCUUCGUUCUAUCAAUAUUGAUUGGAUGCCACCUUCUAUAUUCCAAAAAAGAGAGAAAAAUUCCUUUAAGUUUGUACAAGAGUCUUUGCUUAGGCAAUGCCCAAUACGGAGGUUUGGUCUAUCUUUGACCCUGGACAAUGAUGAUGAUGAGUAUUUUUCUCGUAUUGAGGAUUUGUUUACACUGGCUACACAGCAUGGUGUUUUGGAGCUCGAUCUCAACUUUGAACAGAAAAGGAAAUCUAUUUUUGAUCUUGACAAUGAUGAUUUUGAUAUUUUGCCUGAAGUCGUCUUCUCUGCGGAAUCAUUAAUGGUUUUUAAGUUGCGUGGAUAUAGUAACCUGAGUCUCGAAUCUGACGUCGUAACCUGGCCUUCUCUACGUGUUCUUUCACUCAGUCAAAUUUAUGUUGACGAGGACCUUAUUCAGAAUCUCAUCUUCGGUUGCCCUAUGAUAGAGAAACUUGUUUUACUGGACUGUUAUGGGCUCACAAGCAUUCAACUUUCCGGUUGUAGAGUUCUCAAAGAGGUUACGCUUUCGCGGACAACAUCGGAAGGUUUUGAAAGAAUUGAUAUUGAUGUACCAAGUCUUCAAACUUUUUGCUACAGUGGUUCGCUUGAAAACUGCCAUGUGGAUAUGACCAGCUGCAAGAAUCUAGAGGUAUUGAAUUUGACGUCUUAUAAUGUUGAAGAAGAUGCAUGUCAGGAUAUUAUUCCUCAAUUUCCAGUCCUUAAAGUUUUGAUUUUGGACUGUGACCGGGUGAAGACGAUCAAAAUCUUGAAUCGACGGCUUGAGAUGUUACAAGUCAGUUCAUAUGGGGGGAUGGAACCUACCAUCAUCAAUUCAAAUAUACAAUCAUUCGAAUACACCACCGAUUCUGAGAUGCGUGUUUCAGUGGAUGGAUCAAGUAUUAAACGGGAAGUUACCCUCAAAGUACGUACCUAUCGUUUCCAUACUAAAUAUUUCCUCCAACUGAGGGAAUUUCUUGAAAAUUUCCAAGAAAUUGAAUGUCUCACAUUGCAAAUUGAGCCUGCAUCCAUCAGGUUUGACGAACCUGAAAUAUUGAAGGAUAUCUCUACUCCUGCUUCAUCCAAUGUCAAGCACUUGAAGCUUCAAAUCCCUAAGAGUUAUUCUUAUCACACGCUGACCCGACUUGAAUUGAAAGCUCUUGUAAAUGGCUUAUUGUGGGUAUGCCAUCCAGAGUCUCUACUGCUUAUAUCACAUUCGGGUCCCAACAAUGAAUUGAUCGAGGUUCUUUGCCGAAAACUACCGCGCCGUGUGAAAAAAAAUCAUUGGGGCACAUUUUCCCUCAGCGAAUUUUGGCGGCGGCCCCGCGACUUAAAAGGCAUCCAUAUCAAGCACCUCGAACUGUAUGUCGAGACAGAGGCUGUUGAAUGUAGUGCUUUGUUGAGGUCACCGCAAAUUCUUGAACCUGCUGGGAAGAAGGUUAGAUUUGUAUUCAAAUGGUGA